UUGAAGUAAGUCUGCGCCUGCGCGGACACAAACACGUAAAGGGUCGGAUCGUUCAAAUCGAACACGUUUUGGCGCCGUAUUUCAAUUGUUUUUGUAGGUAAAAAUGCCAGACAAACGUCUUAGACCGUUGUAUCGCGUCUCCCUGUUUUUAAGCGUCUCACGCAGGAGUGCCGAAUUUUUAGACAACGUGACAAGUCGUCAACUUUUAAAACGGGUAUAAAGACAACUGCGUUCUUGUCUGAAAACUGUUCCGUUUUUUGGCGCAAGAACGUGUUCGGUCUGAACAGCCCCUUAUGCUAUAUAAAUCACGUCCCAUAUGCGUUAAAUAUAAUUUACAACAGUGUCUGACCAGUUUCUCCGUUUACAAAUAUACGCCAAACAUAAAAUGUGAUUUAUGAUUUCAGAAUGGCAUAUUUAAUGUAAUCCUAGAACCGCCUGAGAGUGAAUAAACGGAUGAGAAUUGAGGAAAUAUCUCACGCGCUGCACUGUCGCGUCUCUCCACUGCGUGUCAGGCAGCGCUAGAAAGCUAAUUAAUCGUCACUAUAAACUCAAAUGUGUGUUCAGGUAAGACAGAUGGCACUCUACUACGAUCUGACGGGUUGCUGUUAAGCAUUUACGUAGUGUGGUUUCUGAUGUAUUUUGACAGAGGCUUCUACUGCCUGUCCUAAAUUCAAGCUAGACAGGCAGACAUACAUUAUUUCAUAUACAGCAGCCAGUGCAGACGCAUGCACGCGUUUAACUCUCUUCUGUAUUCACGUCGUCUUCGGGCACGCGAUCCUCUUUCAGUGAUACAACACUUUAAAACGAAUCCAGUAAUUAUGUCAAAGCGGUGGUGCAUGCUUUAAAUUUACCCGUGGAUAUUGUUGUUUAGAUUCUAUAUGGUAAAAGCCACGUUCCCGGAGACAAGGAUGUCGAAACGGCUGCGAAAUAGCGAAGUUUGUGCGGAUUGCAGCAGUUCGGAUCCUCGCUGGGCAUCUGUGAACAGAGGAGUUCUGAUAUGUGACGGUUGCUGCGGUGUUCACCGCAGUCUGGGCCGCCACAACUCGCAAGUGCGCCAUUUGUCACACACACCCUGGCCGCCUACCCAACUACAGAUGGUUCAGACAUUAUACAAUAAUGGUGCUAAUGCAAUCUGGGAGCACACUCUGUUGGACCCCUCAUCCAUAAUGAGCAGCAAGCGCAAAGCAAACCCUCAGGAUAAAGUCCACCCCAAUAAGGCAGAUUUCAUAAAAGCAAAGUAUCAAAUGCUGGCUUUCGUCCAUCGAUUACCCUGUCGAGAUGAUGACAGUUCAGCAUCCACAGAUCUAAGCAAGCAACUUCACUCCAGCGUUAGAACAGGCAAUCUUGAGACUUGUUUGCGGUUACUGUCUCUUGGAGCUCAAGCCAACUUCUUCCACCCGGAGAAAGGGAACACACCGCUGCACAUAGCAGCUAAAGCAGGGCAGGUUUGUCAGGCUGAGCUUCUGUGUGUUUAUGGGGCAGACCCUGGGGCCCCAGACUCCAAUGGCAAAACACCAAUUGACUAUGCAAGGCAGGCUGGCCAUCAGGACCUGGCAGACAGACUGGUGGAGGUACAGUAUGAGCUUACAGACAGACUGGCCUUCUACCUCUGUGGGCGGAAGCCUGAUCACAAGAAUGGUCAGCAUUUCAUUAUACCGCAGAUGGCAGACAGCAGUCUGGAGUUAACAGAGUUUGCGAAAGCUGCCAAAAGAAAACUGCAGUCUCUCAGUGAUCAUUUGUUUGAAGAACUGGCGAUGGAUGUGUACGAUGAAGUUGAUAGAAGAGAAACAGAUGCAGUUUGGCUGGUUACUCAGAACCACAGCACCUUGGUAACAGAGACAACAGUUGUGCCUUUCCUUCCUGUGAACCCAGAGUACUCAUCAACACGAAACCAGGGAAGACAAAAGCUCGCAAGAUUCAAUGCUCAUGAGUUUGCCACUCUUGUGAUUGACAUACUAAGUGAUGCUAAGCGACGUCAGCAGGGCAGUUCAUUGUCAAGUCCUAAAGACAAUGUUGAUGUAUUCUUUAAAAGCACGAGUAGUCGUCAUGGUAGUGAAAGCCAAGAAAUCAACCAGCCAGACUACGACAGUGUGGCAUCCGAUGAGGACACAGACACAGAUUUGCGAAUUGGCAAAGUAGACCGAACUAAGAGUUUGGACUCUGACCUGUCUGAUGGACCAGUUUCUGUACAGGAGUUUCUGGAGGUGAAAAAUGCACUUACAGCCUCUGAGGCCAAAAUACAGCAACUGAUGAAGGCAAACAGUAACCUGAGUGAGGAGCUUAGACUGAUGCAAAAAAAGCUGCAGUCUCUGCAAAGCGAGAACAGCUCUCUCAGGCGGCAGGUCUCAGCUCAACAGCCCUAUCAGGCCCCUGACCACCCCAAUCCCUCCUCCUCUUCCUUCUCUUCCUCUGCCCUGAAACACCACCUGUCUGCUCGGGUGAGCCGCCCAAUGUCUAUGUAUGAAACCGGCUCUGGUCUGAAGCCCAUUCUCCCCAAGGGAGAGACCCCUUACCCUGAGGAGACCUUCCCCACCUUGCAACCCUUCCCAACCCAUGCCUCCAAGUUUGACAAACAAAGCAGCGUGUCUGAUGGUGACUAUGAUAACACAGUCAACGAAUCUGACCUGGAUGACUUGGGGUUUGGCCGUAGGUGUCGUCUGCGCAGCAGUGGCUGGAUGGGAGAGGGCGGCUCGAUACCUGAGCUGAAUGAUCACGACUGUGAGCCUGACCCAAGUCUGCCCAGCACAGAAGACGUCAUACGCAAAACUGAGCAGAUCACCAAGAACAUCCAGGAACUGCUUAGGGCUGCACAGGAGAACAAGCAUGAGAGUGCACCAUGUGAGCAGAGGGAGAGUGUUCGCAGACUUAGACACAGUCUGGGUUGUUUCAGCACACUGGUGCCUUGGGCAGACAAGCCCCCGUCUCCAAUGCAGUCACUUGGCAUAAGAGCUCCCCACGCUGCAAACCCCAACAACCCUGCCUCCUGUAGCUUUAUACCCUGCGCAGAAAGAAUACAUGUGGCUGUAAGUGAGAUGGCUGCCCUCUUCCCAAAGAGGCCGCGCUCUGAAACAGUAAGGAGCUCUUUGCGGUUAUUAACGUCCAGCGCGAACCGACUGCAAAAUGAGUGUAAGAAAGCAUCUCCUUUGGAGAGCAGCCCCACAGCAGACAUACAGUUGGUCACCCAGCAGGUGAUCCAGUGCGCGUAUGACAUCGCCAAGGCUGCUAAGCAACUUGUUACCAUAACCACCAAAGAGAACAGCAACUAACCCUGUUUCUGCCCAUAUCCACUAGUAAUCCAACCCUGACUAUUUGCCCCAUAUGUUAAUCAACUGAUCAUUUUAAGGCAUGCCAUUUAAGAUUUUUUUUUUUUUUUUUUUGUAUGCUGUAUUUGCAUGUUUUUUUUUAAGAUGUCAGUUAGCAGUGUUAUUUGGCUUAAAGCCAUAAUAUAAAGCCUGAAAUGCUCUCAAGGAAGGGUUGUAUAAAAGGACGUGUGUGUAUGUUGACCUGUGAACGUGAAUUUGACUUGAUGGCAGAAUGUCUUGGAGUGUGACUUUGAGAGGAAAUGAAUCAUCCAUGGAGCAACCAAUCAUAUACUAAAUAUUGAGUAAAUGCCUCACUCAAUGCCUCACUUUGAAAUCAUUGAUUUUGUAACCAAUCCCGGUUCACGGGAAGUUUGAAUGUCCAACAUAAAAUAUAUACCACAUAUAUGAUAUAUAUUUUAAUGGUAUAUACAGAAUUUAAUGAAGUAUUUAAUUAAAUAUGCCUUGUCUCAUUUGAAUUGACCAUUCUGAGGCAUCUAUAAUGCAAUUUUUUUAUGGUUUAAUUUGGUGAUUUAAUAUUUUUUUGUUCAAUACAUUCACAGCUGAUGAGUGCAGAGACAAUCAGGCUCUCUACCAGUUGUGAUUGUGUUGAGAUGUGUGUUAGUUUCAGUGUUUUUCAUACCAGGCAAAUAUAGUUUAACAUAUUAUAUUGUUAAUUUCAGUGUUUUGGCAGCUCUUAAUGUGUAAUUUCCUCUACAAAGUAAGUUUAAGUAUUGGUCUUAGUCCUGUCAAAAAGUUGUGAAGUGGGCCGCUCAUAGCUCAGUGUUAAAGUCCCCUGGUUUGAGUGUUUGUAGUUGUAAAAAUCACCUGGUCUUCCACUGAUUAAUAGUAUUGCUAUGUCUGUGUUUAAAAAGAAACAAAUCUUUUCUUUAUUUUUAAAAUAAACCUAAUUUAUUAUUUUGACCUUAAGUUUUUGCUCCAGAGCUCUUUUUGUUCAUAUCAGAAACCAAAUAAAUUAACCUCCUAUUCCAACAAAACUCUUCUAAUUCUGCAAAAUAGUACUGUGCAUUUAAUUAGCACUUUGGUUUAAUAUUAAUAC